AUGACGACCAGCACGAACCCCAACAAGACCCCCGUCCCCGCGGCAGGCAGCACCGCGAUCUUCACGCGCGUCAUUCAGUCCGGCCCGCUCGUCUUCUUGGCGGGCCAGACGGGCAACGACCCCGCCACGGGCAAGCUCGUGCCCGGGGGCAUCGUGCCCGAGACGGUGCAGGCGUUUGCGUCUAUCAAGGAGACGCUGGCGCAUGCUGGCUUGGGGCUGGAGGACUUGGUGUCUGUUACUAUCUAUGUGCGCGACUAUCCUGAGAACAUUGCCGCGUUGAACGAGCUCUACCCCACCCUCUUCCCUGCCGGCGUGCCCCUCCCCGUCCGCACCGCCGUCGGCGUCGCUGCCCUCCCGCGUAACGCUGCGGCAGAGUACCAGGUUAUCGCGGCUCGUCGCGAGUAG